AUGCCUAAUCGUCGAGCCGAAGUACUCUCGAGUGAUAGUAUAUACAGUCAUGCUUCAUACAAAGCACGGGAUGCGGACGUCUCCCGCAAGUAUCUGGCCGAAGACUUGGAGCAGAUGUCAGAAUUUGAGGCUCUCAACCGAUCCCUCAGCGUCCAAACAACAAUCACUACCACCUCCUCAUUCUCCAGACGCCACCAAUAUGCUCGUAAUAAUCCCAGAUUUCAGACUAUCAACCAGAUUGGUGCAGGUCUUCAGGGAGUAAUCUUCGAGCAGGUCGGUUUUCCCACUGCCCUGAAACUGGAGAGUCCUGGAAACGCAACCAAGAAGUCAAACCUACGCCAUGAAUACAAACUCCAUUGUGCAGUAUCUGCGGCCUUUGAGAUAUACAGUCCAAUCUUGCAAAUCACGAUACGGGUUCCCCGUCCACUGGAGUUUAUUGCGGCAGAAAAUGAUGUGUUUUGGUCGAGCAUUUUCUCCAAACUCCCUCAACCAUACCGUCAACGUGGGGAUAUUGUGAAGAUGGAACGGGUUCUCCCCUUAACAAAGGUUGUUCGCCGAGCUCUGAUCACUCGCUUUUCCCCCAAGUCGUCAACUGAAAAGAUUGAAGAGCUUCUCAAUUGUCCAGAAAACAAGCAUUGUUUCGUAAGGCCAUAUAUGGGCAAGCAGAAUGGACCAGGACAGUUUUCACUCCGAAACUUUCCACUUUAUCUACAGUCAAUGGAAGACCUUCACAUGGACCUUGAUGAACUUGCCACCUCAAUGGGCAAGGCAUACGCUAUAAUGCACUGGGGAGCUGGUGUCACUGGUGACGAUGUGGAGUUUGUGAUCGGAACCUCAACCCAGGAAAGUGUACAGCAAUUUCUGCCAUCAUCAUUGUCGGCUUUGUCAGAUUUCCACAACCGGGUCACCUCUAUUUAUCUUCUUGACUUCGGUCAAUGUGAUGAGGUUAACUUCACGGACGAGCCGGAGGCUGUGUAUCAGGCUUUUAAAGCCGCCAUGAUCCUCGGCGACAAUCAACUUUUCAUCCCUCAUUAUCUUAGAACUCCCGGACUGUUUAGAAAGUUCAAGAGCGGGUAUAGCCAGGCUGGCAAAAUCAUACUAGAAGAACGAAAUCUGGAAAGUCGAUUCAGCAUUGAGGACUUCAUGCAGGAGUACAAGGAAUAUUGCGAAGACUUGCUUUAA